ACUUGGACUUCCUGGUGUGGUUUGUUUGCCUGCAUUGAUCAUGGCUGCGGAGGGCGAUUUUCUGGCGAGAUACCGAGCUGUGUCAAAUAAACUGAAAAAGCGUUUUCUUCGGAAGCCCAAUGUGGCGGAGGCAAGUGAGCAAUUUGGUCAGCUGGCAAAGGAGCUGAAGCAGCAGGACUGCCUUCAGUAUGCUGCCUUCUGUAACCUGGCCAUGGCUCGGUGUGAGCAGACUCUCUUUAAUGCUCCUGGAGAGGCACUGGCAUUAACUGACGCUGCUCGCCUCUUCCUCUCAUCUGAGAAGGAGAACAGGGCACUGCAGGCUCCAGGCUUUGAUGAACACCUCCAGGCUGCUCUCAACUGCUAUAGCUUCGCCACUAAGGUGUAUAUUGAGAUGAACCAGCCUGUGAUGGCAGCCAGCCUGUGUUUGGAACUUGGCAACGCGCUCAAGGAGAUGAACAGACCAGGAGAGGCUAUUGUUCAUUAUCAGAGGGCUGCAGAGUUACAGACGCAAACACCCAUUGAAGCUUUGCUGUCGAUGGGAGAAAUGGCCACGUGUAAAAUCCUCACCCGUGAUUAUGACGGUGCUUUGUCAGUGUUCACAGAGAUGCAGCUGAUCUGUCAGGAGAAAGGACUGCAGCUACCAGGCUCCAUCACCCCUGUUGGUGCCUUUUUGGACAUUGUGGCAAAAUGUGAGAUAUCCAGGGUGCUUCUGCUCAUGUUGCUUGAGCCUCCACCUCAGAAGUUGUUACCAGAACACGCCCAGACCCUGGAGAGAUACGCGUGGGAGUCCUUUGAUCCUCACAGCCAAUUGACCUUCCUGCCUGAGAAUGUUUUCCUGCUCCUGCAGUCCGUAGUGAUGGCGUGUCAGGAGAAAGACACAGAGUCUCUAAAGUCUCUUCAGACUGAGCUAUGGCCGUUUCUGACAGCUGAACAGAACCAUCUUCUCCACCUGGUGGUUCAGGAGCGCAUCACGCCGUCUGGUCAAGGCAUUUAAUACAGUCCAGUUUUAUUCGCUUCCUCUGGGAACGAUACUUUAUAUAAUGGAACAUUCCUGUUUCUGAAUGGGUCUGUUGUAAGGCCCGGAGAAGGGUUGUUUUCAAACUCCAGUGUUGUAACUUGGACUCAGAGAAAUGUUAAACUUUGUGCUUAUUCAGUCACGUAGGUUUGGAAAUCAAACUGAACUAUCUUCAUGUUGUCCUCAGACGUGCAGAUUGCUGUUGCUAGGAAUGCUUAGCUAAGAAUAAAUGUUAUGUGUGUAUCUGAGUGGAGACUAUAAAACUGGACCACGUCAUAUGUUUUUAUUAUGUAAAAGUUUCAAAUGUAGAAGAACUUAUUGUGUUUACAGCUGGUUAGUAGAUUAAACACGAAAGCUUUGUUUUAUCAUUUUUAUUAAUAAAUGACAUAACAUGGCUUAAAUUCCAAUAUAACAAAAUCUUCUACUGCAUAGUUCUGUAAUAUGGUGCAAUGACACCUCUGUCCUCCAUCCCUGGGUCACUUAAUUUUCACUUGUACAAAUGCAUGUACUUUUCUUAUGAUAGCAGCCCCCUACAGACACAUAAGUAAACACAAUAAUAAAAAAACAAAAUGCAGCUUAAAAAUAUAAUGGUUACAAUGUACAUAGACUGAUGUAUAAUGUAUUUGUUUUUUUCUAGCUGUAAAAUAACGAUUAACAUGAUUAAAGCUAGUUGUAAAUGAA